CACAUAGGUUUUUUUCGUUUCAGCACUUUGAAUGUGUCCUGCCUCUCCAGUCUGGUCUGCAAAGUUUCUUCCAAAAAUCAACUGAUAGCUUUCUGGCAUUUUCCUUGCUGGCUGUACUUCCUGGACUUGGAUGGCUGUUUUCUUUUCCAGAGUAGGGAACUUUUCAUCUGUUAUUUUUUUUAGAUUGUGGCACCGUUAGAAGCUGGGUUGAUCCAAAGACAGACAGAUGGCUGAAAAUGGCACAAAAGAAAAAAUAAAAUGGACAACCACCAUUAUUAUUAGCUCAUCUCUUAAGAGUUGUGAAGUUGCAACUGCCCUAGAUCGAAGCCACAAGAUUCGGUAUUCAGAUUCAGUGGAAAAUGGAUCAAUUAUCUUUUCUCUUUCUGGAGUUGCAUUUUUAUUGAUGGAUGCUAAAGAAUGCUUUACAUCAGCUGAAGAAAUAUUUCUAGCCAAAAUUGAGAAGUUUACUAAUAUUCACCAGAAUAGCUUUUUGGUUCUGUCUGCUGCCUUCCAUGGGCCUGAGGAAUGGAAACUGAUGUUCAGGAUUCAGCAGAGAUUCCUGGGUAGUAACUUACGGAUACUUCCAGUACACAACACAGUAGAUGUUAUUAAUCUUAUGUGCACUAUAGCUAAGAUGGCCUCCAAACCAUACAUAGAUAACAUCUGCUAUAGAAUGGUAACAACUGAGGCUUACAUCAUUGAGCAAAGUCCUGUUUGGAAAACACUUCAAAAGUUAAAACUGAGUAGUGAUUCAUUUAACCCAAACUAGAGUAUCAAUUACAAAUGUCCUUUUGGAAGAAUAUUAAAAUAAUUAGACCACUUAAAUUAUAAUGUUAAAAUAUAUAUUUACUUUAAAGAUUUUUAAAAAUUUUAAAUAAAAUGGGUAUGACCAAAAAUGA